AUGCAAUCCAUAUGUUACUAUGGUAGAACACCCGAAACGAAGACAUCGGGGAUAGAUUUGAACCCAGAAAGGAGAUUUAUCACAUGUGCGAAUAACAAGGUUGAUUUUUGUGAUGCUGAUGGUGUUCUCCAAGCAAACUCAAUGGAAGUAGAUUCUGAUCGUGCUCUCCAACCAGAUUGGAUGGAGGCAACUUCUGUUUGCCAAUUGGAACAUUCAAUGUUGGAGAUUGGGAUUGAGAUGGACGUGGACAUGCAAAAUUGGGGUUUCUAG